AUGUGGUUCCCGCCAGCCGCUGGCCCGAUGCAUCACGGUGCUUAUACCGAGCCCGCUGCCGUUCUGGCCAAUAAUGACAAGACGGUGGUCCUGGUUGGAUUGCGCGACUUUGAAAGCCAGGAGAAGGUUGAACCGCUGGACGUUGUGACGUACCCAGACUACGUCAAUCGCGCCAUCAUUUCGCCUGACGGCCGUCUUCUGAUUGCAAUCCUCGACGACCCCUUUUUGUACAUUCACCACCGCGUUGAGGCAACCAUCGACGAGAAUGGUCCAUUCAGAAACGAUGACAAGACUGAAUACCGUUGGGAGCUGUGCGGCAAAAUCCUACUCAACAGCCAGCGCAGGGACGAUGGAUCCGACAGUAGAGGGAGUUUUGCGGCAUGUUUCUCCAACACUGGAGCGUACUUGGCUGUGGGGACGCAGUACGGUACGAUUUCGGUAUUCGAUGUCGAGAGCCUCACUGAUCCUGACGUUGCCGAUCCCUUGUUGACCUCCUUCACAUCGUCACGUCCGAUGGCUGGAUCUGGAGCUGUCCGCGACAUGUCUUUCUGUCCCGGCCCUUAUGAUCUCCUGGCUUGGACAGAAGACCGCGGCCAUGUCGGUAUUGCCGAUCUAAGGAGUGGCUUCGUGCAGCGUCAAAUCCUAGACAUCAGUGUCGCUGAAGACUAUGACCACAUACCCAUCCUCGAUCGCGCCACGAUCGAUCCUCGGCUGCUUGAGGGCCGCGGUGAACCAAAUGACACGCUCUCCUCCAUCCUGCCAGACGCCGGCGAGAUUCGUCGGCGGCGCGGUGACGGUCCGAGCGGCCGACACCACCUAGCCCUUACACCCGACGAGACACGAGUGCUCGAAGCUUUGCAGGAGGAGCGGAUGAGGCGUGAACAGAGAGAACGGAUCUCAGCACGAAUGGCAGAGCAAGGGUCGCAGCAAUCGCCGAUGCAGUUCUUUGGAGGGAUGCCCCCCUUGGGAGGGAGAGGUGCCCGUAUUGACCCUGAAAUACUGGCGCGGGCACGGAACGGCAGUGCCGCACGUCGAGAGCAGACUGCUUCGAUGCGGACAAAUCGCGAGCGUACGGCUGUCGAGCCCGGCGAGCCGAGCGACGACGCCAACCAGAACGUAUCCAGGGCGAUUGGCGACCUCCUCGGAAACAUUCGCGACUCAAGGGAACGAGCGCAAGAACGCAUACGGACUGCUCAGCGGCUCAUUCUGCAAUCCAACACCGACCGAGAGCGCAUGCUGGACUUGGCGAAUCCUCAUCCACCCAGGCGUUCGGCAAGCAUACGGCCAGGCGAUACUUCGGCGGCGGCACAGCGCGGAACAAGCGGCCUGCGCAGCCUGACAUCUUCCGGGAGCGGCUGGGCAGACCUCGAGGCGCUCUACAGCCUUUCGUUCGAGAGCAACAUCCAGGACCUGAGGCAAGCCGUCAGAGACCGCGACAGGGACCGCGAUCGCGCAUCCAUCCUGCCGCUGCUUAACUCCGUUGCGAUCCGCGAGCUAGAGGAGCGCAAUAGCCGCCGGCGUGUCGUGCUCGAGCAUGGCGUUCACGAGGCUCCUCCCGAGCCUGACAACACGGCCGGGAUCUCGUGGAGCGAGGAUGGCAGAAUACUGUACGUGGGAGCCGAAAACGGCAUCUACGAAUUCCACGUUGAUGUUCAGGGCCGCAAGUUCCACCCCAGCUUGACGUUGCGGUAG